AACUCGGUAUUGUCAAUUUUCAAAAACUACAUGAGAGUUGGUAAAGUUGCAGCGCCCUCUUCAGAGCUUUUUGACGUAGCACAGAGUGAUAAGGAAAUUGUGAUUGAAAAUAAGGAACACGAGACUCUUGCCACAUCAACACCACAUAAGGAUGAUGCAAUGAAACUAAAACUUGAAAAUAGUAUUAUAGGCCAAGGUGACGAAGAAAUCGAUACGAGUCAGAAUGAACUAAGCACAUCUACUUCAAUGUUUAUUAAUAAUUUAUUCGAUAUGAGUGAAGUUGAAAAUGAAGUUUCUUGUGAAGAAGUAACAGCCGCUGUAGAAGUUACUGAAAUUGUAAAUAAUGACACAUCAAUGAUGUCCAUCAUGGACGAAUUAUUUCACAUUGCUUUUGAUAUAGCAUCUGGUCAUGAUGAUGACGAAGUACAAGCGAAAGAAAACUGUAAAAGCGCAGAGGAGUCAUGCUAUUCGUUCUUAGAAGAUGCGUAUGAUGAUGACAGUCAAGAUGUAGCGUUUUAUAUUGAUAAUAGUGAAAUGCCUCCCGUCAAUGAUUCUAAAGGAUUAGAGUGUGGAGACAUGCCAUGCAACUUUGCUAAGCUAAUAAGUCUGCAAUUAAAUGAAGAGGAGAAACUAGAGAAGAGUAACGUUGCUCGCUUUGAAAAUGCUUAUUUAUCUCUAAAUCGCGAUUAUGAUCAAUGUUCUGAUGAUGGAGAUCCAAUACUUCAAGAUCCGAAAGGGUUGUUGAUGCAAGACGUGGAGUUGCUCACCGCAUCGACUUCUGAUGAAAAUCUUUCUUCUCGUCGUGCAUCGGAGAACGCAAGAAAGCAGCUGGCAGCAGUAUCAGGUGUGUCAGGAGUGAGUGGGUCGCGCAAGAGUCGCGGCAGUCUGGUGAGCCGGUGUCGUUCCCAGGGCGCGCGGCUGCUGGCCUGUCUGCGAGGGUGGUGGAGGCGCAAGACUCCGGGGAAGCGGAAGGAAGGAAGAGCUCAGGGAUCCAUUCGAGGAAUGUGCCCGUUGUCCCCCGACGCCCGCCGCCGCGCCGCCAGUCUACUGGACUCCCGGCAGAUGUACGCCUCCGGCGUCCCACACUCCGUCGUCUGGAAGUUCAACACUGUCAACGAGGCUCUCGUCAACUCCUCACGAUGGAAAGAGUACACCUUCGAAGGAAAGCCCGAGAACUGCGGCGAAUAUUGACACGCUUCUCUCCUCGG